CAGUCCCGCUAUGGGUCACGCUAUGGGUCAGGCUCCCGCUAUGGGUCCCACCAUGGGUCAGAGCCCCGCUAUGGGUCAGGCUCCCGCUAUAGGUCCCGCCAUGGAUCCCACUAUGGGUCAGGCUCCUGCUAUGGGUCGCGCUAUGGGUCGCGCUAUGGGUCGCGCUAUAUGGCAGGAGCUCGCUAUGGGUCCGACUAUGGGUCUCGCUAUGGGUCGUGCUAUGGGUCCGACUGUGGGUCCCGCUAUGGGUCAGGGCCCUGCCACGGGUCUGGCUAUGGGUCUCGCUACGGAUCCCGCUAUGGGUCUCGCUAUGGGUCCCGCUAUGGGUCCUGCCAUGGCUCCCGCUCUAAGUCUCGCUAUGGGUCCCGCUAUGGGUCGCGCUAUGGGUCGCGCUGUGGGUCGCACUAUGGGGCUGGUACCAGUACGGGGUCCCCACGAAGCUGCUGGCGCUGGCGCUGGCGGCGGCCGAGCCGAAGUCGCUGA